AUGUUAUUUCAUUCAAAAUCAAAUCUUUUUGUGUUCAUCUUUCUCUUCUUAUAUUCUUUCCUUCUCUUUCAAGUUAAUGCUAUUAGAUCUCAACCCAACAAAAUCAUAAACAAUGAUUAUGAAACUAAGAUCAAAGUUGAUAACUUUAUGCAAUUCAAAGAGGCCCCAGAAUAUAGAAAUCAGCAAAAAUGCAAAGUAGUUGAUAGAAAAUUUGAUCUUGAAUUUGUAUGUGACCCUUCACUUGUUCAUAUUUCAAUGACUAUUGAUUGGGAUUAUUUGAGAGGUUCUAUGGCUGCAAUUCAUUCUGUUCUUAAACACACUUCAUGUCCUAAAAAUUUAUUCUUUCAUUUCAUUGCAUCAGAUUCAAGAUUAGAGAACAAAGAUGAGUUUACUAAGAUUGUUCAUAGUUCUUUUCCUUCAUUGAGAUUCAAAGUUUAUGUGUUUGAGGAAAAAUUAGUGGAGAAUCUAAUUUCUCCUUCAAUAAGACAAGCACUUGAGAAUCCUUUGAAUUAUGCAAGAAGUUAUCUAGCUGAUUUACUUGAAGAAUGUGUUGAAAGAGUUAUAUAUUUAGAUUCUGAUGUUAUAGUUGUUGAUGAUAUUCAAGAUUUAUGGAAAGUUUCAUUGACUGAUUCAAAGGUAAUUGGUGCACCAGAAUAUUGUCAUGCAAAUUUCACAAGAUAUUUUAGUUAUGAGUUUUGGUCGAGUCACGAAUUUUCUGAGACAUUUAAAGGAAGAGCCAAGAGUCCUUGUUAUUUCAACACAGGUGUUAUGGUAAUGGAUUUGGUGAAAUGGAGAGAAGGUGAAUAUACUAAGAAGAUUGAGAAAUGGAUGGAAAUUCAAAAGGAAAGAAGGGUUUAUAAGCUUGGAUCGUUACCGCCUUUUUUGAUGGUUUUCGGUGGUGAUAUUGAAGCUAUUGAUCAUAGAUGGAAUCAACAUGGUCUUGGUGGUGAUAAUGUUGUUGAUAGUUGUAGAAAUUUGCAUUCUGGUCCUGUUAGUUUGUUACAUUGGAGUGGUAAAGGGAAGCCAUGGAGAAGACUUGAUGCUGAUAGGCCUUGUUCUGUUGAUUUUUUGUGGAAACCUUAUGAUCUUUAUAUGCAUCAUUUGGGAUAUGAUCAUUCAUCAUUUUAGGAAAAUUUAAUUUAUAUUUGUUGAUUUUUUGUUUUGAUUCAUUUGUAAUGAACAAUUUAUUCAUUGAGUAUAUAUAUAGAACAACCAAAAGAUUUUGUUGAUA